AUGUCUUCCAACAUGGCGGCCACCCGACCGGAUGAGAAGGCGACGGCCUUAUCUCCCCAUGACGCCGAAACAGCCUUGGACCCAACGGCAACCGACAAAGACAUAGCAAUCAAUCUCGUCGGCGAGCACGCUCAAGACAUUGACCCAGCAAUUGAAGCAAGAGUUCUCCGAAAGAUCGAUUGGUUCCUCAUCCCCGCCAUGAUCGUGGGCUACGGUCUAGUGUACUACGACAAAGCCAUCCUCGGUUCCGCCGCCCUCUUCGGCAUGACAACCGACCUACAUCUCACCCAAAUCCUCUCUCCCGCUACACCGACUUCCCCAGCGGUAAUCUCCACGACACGUCUCUCAUGGGCGACUUCAUUGUUCUACUUCGGGAUGCUAGCAGGCCUCUACCCCCUCACCUUCGCUCUCCAACGCUUCAACCUAGGCCGCAUCCUUGGCGCAGUCGUGCUACUUUGGAGUCUAAUAUGCAUGUUGACAGCCGCUGUUACAGACUACAGGGGAUUGUAUGUCCAGCGCUUCUUUUUGGGAUUCGUGGAAAGUAUCAUCCCGACAGGUUUCAUGACGAUAGUAAGCAGCUACUACACGCAGCGCGAGCAAUCCGUGCGUCAGUCUUGGUGGUUCAGUUCCACAGGUCUUUUCACCAUCAUCGGCGGCGCGCUGAACUACGGCUUCGCGCAAAUUACGUCAGGCGCGCUGAGGAGGUGGCAGUACAUAUACCUGCUCGCGGGUUGUCUAACCUUCCUCUUUGGAUGUUUCUGCUUCUUCAUCCCAAAUUCAUGCGCCGAAGCCUGGUUCUUGACGAAAAGCGAGCGUGUCGUUGCUGUUGAGCGACUGAGGAAGGGCGCGACGGGUGUGCGGUGCCAGAAAAUCAAGAUGUAUCAGCUCAGGGAAUGUGUCACGGACGCUAAAUUCUACCUCGUAUUCCUGCUCAUGGGUAGCGCAUAUACGGUCAACGGCGCAGUCUCUGGAUUCGGCCCACUCAUCGUGAACACAUUCGGCUGGUCGCCCCUGGCAUCCAUUCUUUGGCAAUUUCCUCUUGGACUUAUCUGCCUCGUUACGAUCCUCCUCUGCGGCUAUCUCUCCUCGCGUCUACCCAACAUACGAAUCAUUCUCCUCAUCGUAAACUGCCUCCCCGUCAUCGCCGGCUGCGCGAUGAUCUGGAAGUCGGAGUGGACAUACCACGCACCCACCCCAGUCGCUGGCUACUCUAUUAUCGGCACUUUUGGCGCGGUAGUCAGCCAGACGAUCGUCAUAGCCAUGUCCAAUGUCAGUGGUGCGACGAAGAAGAGCGCCAUGGCUGGCACGGUGUUCGUAGCAUACUGCGUUGGCAACAUCGUCGGUCCACUGCUGAUCAGGAGUCAGGAGAAGGGUGCACAUUAUCCUAGGUUGUGGACAGGUCUGAUGAUCUGUUAUUGUAUCACGAUAGCGUCUGCGGUAGCGCUAUACGCCGUACUGAAGAGGGAGAACAAGAGGAGAGAGACGAUGAGCGUGGACGAGGAAGAAAGGGAUAAGAUGGCGUUUAUGGAUUUGACGGAUGGCGAAAAUAUGUAUUUCAGAUAUGUCUUGUAG